GGAAGAAAGCAAGUGCGACACGACGACCAGCUCGAGGAGGACGGCGGGAGCGGCGGUCAGGUAGCUGUGGCGGCGGGGGAAGGACGGCCAUGUGCAGCCCGAUGCUGAGAGCGCUGAGCGGCCGGAGCAUUGUCCCAGGAUGCAUCAGUCCCAUCAGGCAGAGUCACUGGUUUCCAUCUGUCCUGGCACUAAAGACAUCUCCUCCUCUCAGAGCAGAACCCGCAAAGAAGAAGAAGAAAGUCGACCCAAAACGGGACCAGGAGGCAAAAGAGCGUCUCAAAAAAAGGAUCCGAAAAAUGGAAAAAGUCGCCCCUGAGCUCAUACCUAUUGAAGACUUCAUCAUACCAACCAAGUACCUUGAUGACCUCAGAGUGCGAGCGGUGCCACAGCUGUCGUCGGAGGAGAGCGAGCGCAGAGCUAUGCUGCUGAAAGAGUGGGCUCGCUACAAGCACCAGCAGCACCAGGCUGAGAUGGCUGCCAUCAGGGAGGCCCUGGAGGCCCAGCAGGAGGCUCUGGAGGAGCUGAGGCUGGAGUCUGAAGAGCUCUAUAAGGCUGCGCUAAGGAUAGACCCGGGACUUGUGCCCUUCCAGCACCAAGGACCAAGCCACACUCCACCAGUAGCCAACUACCAGGCACCAGAAGGAAAAUUCAAUGACAUCACCAGGGUCUAUGUACAAUAAAAAAAAUUAGGUUCCAUUUA